GAUUAUCGACCGCCGUGUCAGGCGGAGGUGGCAGGCGCCAUAAUCGCGGUGUGGUCACCAAGUGGUCACCCGAGGUGCCGCGGAGUCGUAGCUAAAUUCGAGAAGGAAUUGGAUUGUCGAAAAAAAAAACCUGUGUCAGCUGUUCUGUUUCGACGGGAAGCACGAAAAUGGCAUGUUCCGCUAUAAGGUCACCGGUUCUUCGCAGCCCUACGGUGAGACAUUACGCAGCUGCUGCAGUAGCUCAAUGCUCGACUGCGGCUCCUGAACUUCAAGUGUCGUCAAGCAACAAGGUGACCGUUGUUGCUGUUGACAACAACAGUCCUGUUGCACAAGUAUCAAUUGCCUUUAGAGCUGGUUCACGCAAUGAAACCUAUGACACACAAGGUACAGCACAUCAUCUUCGUAUUGCCGCUGGUCUAACUACCUCCAGGUCAACUACCUUCGGUAUAACUAGAAAUAUUCAACAAUUAGGUGGAAACUUAACUGCCACCACCGAUCGUGAGAGCAUUGCUUACACAUUACAAGUAACAAGAAACAACUUAGAUCAAGCUUUGACCUUCCUGGAAGAUGUUGCCACCCAGCAAGUGUUCAAACCAUGGGAAAUUUCAGAUCAACUACCCAGGUUGCGUUACGAGUUGUCCAUGAUACCUGAAACAACCCGCGUAUUGGAGUUACUACACAAGGCAGCCUAUCGCACAGGACUAGGCUACUCCCUGUAUUCGCCAAAGAGACAACUUGGAAGAAUAAAUACAGAAACUUUGCAACAUUUCGUCAACACCUGGUUCACCGGUUCCAAGUGCGCAGUCGUGGCAACUGGCGUCUCGCUAGCGGAUCUUUCCAAAUUUGCCUCGAAUCUGAACGUAAGUUCCGAGGAUGUCGCUGCGCAAGCUGCCAAGUAUCACGGAGGAGAACUUCGUAAGGAACGAUUCUCCGACUUGGCUACUGUGGCGGUAGCCGUUGAAGCUCCGGGUUUGGACAAGGAGAAGGACGCGCUUGCCUGCGCUGUGCUGCAGAGAGCGGCCGGUACUGGGCCGCGUGUAAAAUGGGGAACGAGCGUGUCUCCGCUUCAGAGAGAUGCCUCCGGCGCGGCAAGCGCCGAUCAAUUCGCCAUCUCGGCAUUCAAUGCCUCUUACUCCGAUUCCGGAUUGUUCGGUUUCGUGUUGUCCUCAGUACCCAGUGUCGCCGGUUCUGUAACAAAAGCCGCCACCGCGUAUCUGAGAUCGCCGAAACUUUCCGACGCCGACGUUGCUCGUGGCAAGGCCGUGUUGAAAGCAGAGAUAUUAUACGGGUCGGAUAACGACGCCGCGAAUCUGGAGAACAUUAAACAGCAAGCGCUUCUGAAAGGACGCGUGUACAAACCGUCCGAUCUUGUGGCGCAAAUAGACAAAGUAACCGCGUCCGACGUCAAAUCGGUUGCCGGAAAAUUCAGUAGCGGAAAAUUGUCGUUGGCCGCGAUCGGCGAUUUGUGUACCGUCCCGUACGCCGACGAAUUGAAGUAGAGAUAUAUUGAGAAAAUUCAGCGAACUCGCUUAUAUGAAACUUUGAAUUUCUGAAUCUUCUGUUCCGUAAGAUUUGGAAAUGUGUGUAAUUGUCAGUGUAGAGUUAUCUACUUGCGAUAUUAAUAAAAGAACAACGUCGCAGUAGUUUUGUAUAGUUAAAUA